AAUAUAUUAAAGAUUACUUCUAUGAACACUCAUUCAAAAACCGAAAAUAUUUGGGAUGACCUUGACUGAACUGUCUCUGAUGAGUACAACCAGUCAGUAGGGAUAAAUGGUGUUUAUCAGUCCAAUAUAUCCAGGAAUAUCUUGGUUGAAGACAAAGGAAGUGACCGUUCAGCUAGAUACCUAGGCGAGAGUCAAGAACACCAAGAUUUGGAUGCUAUACAAAUGCCAAAUAAAGCUAAAAUUAUGGAAAAAUUAAAUAUGAGUGAAGACACUCCUAGAGCUUCAGUAAAUAUGCUAUUGAGCUCACAAGAUGAAGAUCAAGAUCUCUGGAAAGAUGUGAAACAUCAGAAGAAGUCCACAUUCUUCUUGCCUAUGAGUCAAAAAUUGAAAUCUACUAGCAAGGCUACAAACUGGAAAGAAAAGUGAAGAAACAACCAAUUAGUUGCCUCUCCCAAAAUGUUAAUGAGUCUGAGAUCAAAGUCAGCUCAUAAAGCUUCUUACUAAAAGAUGUGUGAGCAUGCUAGUAGACUUACCUAAUAUAACUUUUAUCUAAUAUAUUUGC